CCCACCUAAGCGACUCCAUCACCUCCUUCUGCUAUGGAGAGAGAGAUCCCCGUCCUGCGAGUUAGGUCCCAAUUAAUGGAUUCUGACAUGGAUUAUGAGAGGCCAAACGUAGAAACCAUCAAGUGUGUCGUGGUGGGGGACAACGCCGUGGGCAAGACCAGGCUCAUCUGUGCCCGCGCCUGCAACGCCACCCUGACCCAGUACCAGCUGCUCGCCACACACGUGCCCACAGUGUGGGCCAUCGACCAGUACCGAGUCUGCCAGGAGGUGCUGGAGCGCUCCCGGGAUGUGGUAGAUGAUGUCAGUGUGUCCUUGAGGCUCUGGGACACCUUUGGUGACCACCACAAGGACAGACGCUUCGCCUAUGGCAGGUCUGACGUGGUGGUUUUGUGCUUCUCCAUCGCCAACCCCAACUCCCUGCACCAUGUGAAGACCAUGUGGUACCCAGAGAUCAAACACUUCUGUCCCCGUGCCCCUGUCAUCCUGGUGGGCUGCCAGCUCGACCUGCGCUACGCCGACCUGGAGGCUGUCAACCGGGCACGGCGACCCCUGGCCAGGCCAAUCAAACCCAACGAGAUCCUUCCCCCGGAGAAGGGGAGGGAGGUGGCCAAGGAGCUGGGCAUCCCCUACUACGAGACCAGCGUGGUGGCGCAGUUCGGCAUCAAGGACGUCUUCGACAACGCCAUCCGCGCCGCCCUCAUCUCCCGCCGCCACCUGCAGUUCUGGAAGUCUCACCUGCGCAACGUCCAGCGGCCUCUCCUCCAAGCCCCCUUCCUCCCUCCCAGGCCCCCUCCGCCCAUCAUCAUCGUCCCGGACCCCCCCUCCAACAACGAGGAGCGCCCGGCCCACCUCUUGGAGGACCCCCUGUGCGCGGACGUCAUCCUGGUGCUGCAAGAGAGGAUCAAAAUCUACGCGCACAAGAUCUACCUCUCCACCUCCUCCUCCAAGUUCUACGACCUGUUCCUCAUGGACCUCAGCGAGGAGGACCCGCAGGGCGCCCCGGGGCGGGGCUUCGGGGGGGCCCUCCCGGCCGCCGCCGCCGACAGGGCGCUGCCCCAGGAGGAGAGGCACCACGGGAGGGAUUUCCUCCUCCGAGCUGCCAGCUUCGAUAUCUGCGAGAGCAGUGAGGAGGCCGGGGCCGGGCAGCGCCCCGCGUGCCUUAGAGCCUCCACCAGCGACGGCAUCCUGCGGGGCGACCGCUACGGCAACGGGCAGGGAGGGCUGCGGCGGGGCAGGGACCUCUCCUCCUGGAGCAGGGCUUUCGCCAGCAUCCAGGAGGAGAUGGCCGAAGAUCCUUUGACCUACAAGUCCAAGCCGAUGGUGGUGGUGAAGAUGGAUGCCUCCAUCCAGCCGGGGCCCUUCCGGGCCGUGCUGAAGUACCUGUACACGGGGGAGCUGGACGAGAACGAGAGGGACCUGAUGCACAUCGCCCACAUCGCCGAGCUGCUGGAGGUCUUCGACCUCCGCAUGAUGGUGGCCAACAUCCUCAACAACGAGGCGUUCAUGAACCAGGAGAUCACCAAAGCCUUCCACGUCCGCAGGACCAACCGGGUGAAGGAGUGCCUGGCCAAGGGCACCUUCUCGGAUGUCACCUUCGUGCUGGAUGAUGGUGCUAUCAGUGCCCACAAGCCCCUGCUCAUCUCCAGCUGUGACUGGAUGGCCGCGAUGUUUGGCGGCCCCUUCGUGGAGAGCUCCACCAACGAGGUGGCCCUUCCCUACACCAGCAAGAGCUGCAUGCGGGCGGUGCUGGAGUACCUCUACACCGGGCAGUUCAGCUCCAGCCCCGACCUGGACGACAUGAAGCUCAUCAUCCUCGCCAACCGCCUCUGCCUGCCACACCUGGUGGCUCUCACUGAGCAGUACACAGUCACUGGCCUGAUGGAGGCGGCCCAGAUGAUGGUGGACAUCGAUGGGGACGUGCUGGUGUUCUUGGAGCUGGCUCAGUUCCACUGCGCCUACCAGCUGGCCGACUGGUGCCUGCACCACAUCUGCACCAACUACAACAACGUCUGCCGCAAGUUCCCCCGCGACAUGAAGGCCAUGUCGGGAGAGAACCAGGAGUACUUCGAGAAGCACCGCUGGCCGCCGGUGUGGUACCUGAAGGAGGAGGAUCACUACCAGCGGGCGAAGAAGGAGCGGGAGAAGGAAGACUACCUCCACCUCAAACGGCAGCCCAAGAGGCGAUGGCUCUUCUGGAAUGCCUCCUCCUCCCCUUCUUCCUCUCCUUCCUCGUCGGCAGCCACAGCCUCCUCUUCUUCCUCCUCUUCCUCCUCCUCGGCUGUGGUUUGAGCGCCCGUCCUUGCCCUGGCUCCAGCAUCCCUGGGAGGAGAUGGGGAGGAGGAGGAGGAGGAGGAAGGGUGGGGUGACCUGCCCCAGCGCCAGGUGUAGAGUGAACGCCACCGGCCCGAAGCCCCGGAGGAGAGAAGCUGGUGGCAGCAGGGGCUUGUCCCUGCGCAGGGGCUCGGGGCCGAGUUGCCAGCCCCCGGCACCGCUGGAGCUCCGCUUUCCCCAUGCCCGUGGCUGCCAGCAGGGACCCAAGGAGCAGGAGAAACUCAGCGUUUACAGGAGCCCGAGGGCUGUCUCCUGCUUUUCUUUUUGCCUUCGUUGUGUUUGGAUGUCAGCAGCAGGAGCAGGAGGAAGGAAGAAGAAGCAACCCGUCCCACUUGCACUCCAGUUUGUCGCCCGGAGCCGCGGGAUGGGGUUGGUUUGCCUGGUAGCAUCUCGCCACCCUGGGCAACCAGAGCUGCUCUGGGGGUCCUGCCACCCCCUUCGACUUGCAGCAGGGGCAGGCAAGGUGCAGGGGGACCCAGCCUGGGUCCCCCAAACGCCUCCAGGCACUGCAGCUUCCCUCCUUCUACUCACAAGUGGGGGUCUGUCCUAGCUUGGGGAGCAGGAGGGGGCAGGAGCCCUCUCCUCCCUUGCCUCUUAACUUCUCAUUUUUGUUUAAAA